CUGGAGCGCGUAAGGCAAGUUUUUUGCGUGACGAAUGAAAUCAAGUUUGUGACACCAUUUCCAGUGAAGGUAUAUAAACCCGAGCUCCUCGUGCACUGGCAAUCCCAGAAACACCCCCAACUCUCACAAUGAAGCUCACUUCCCUCUUACUGGUGCUCGCGGUGGUGGCAACUGCCGCAGCCGGUUCCAUCUACGGUUAUGGUUCCCAUAAUAUUGGUUAUGGUAGUCAUAAUUCUGGCUAUUAUGGUUAUGGUCGGCCGCAGAUCAGCGGUAUCGCCAGGCUACAUCCUCUACGCAUCCAUGUGUCUCCCCUGCAGCUCACACGUGGUGACCUCUCGCCUUCCUAUGUGACAGGCGUGCGUGUGGCGCGCCCCGUGGCAGUUGUACUGAACCAUGGUUACGGUUAUGGUCAAGGUUACGGUUAUGGAAAUACUGGAGGCUACGGCUUUUAAAUCUGUUUAAUAAAAGUUUUAAGAAACAACUAGAAGAUUUAUAACAAUCCUCACAAAGAUCUUUCAUUGCGAAUACCACUUGACAUACAUUGUUAUAUUUGAGUACUUGUGUAUUGCCGGCGAAUAAAGAAAAUCAUUUUCUUAA